GCCAUCACCAGACAUGAGCAGGUGGGAAAAAAUAAAUAAAUAAAAAUAAAAGAAAGGUAAGAAAGGUAGAGGUAAAUUUACUUACUUUGCUUGGGUCGGAAAGAAUGGAGCCUUCUCCCAUACACACACCACACAGCUCCUGCAUCGGCAUCGGCACAUCUACCUUAGCUCGUGGCUGUCUGGUCCCAUCGCGGACACGCAGCUUACGAACUCUACCUAUACUACAACACUGCUGGUCUGCUUUGGGCUCUUUAGCAAAGAAUUCGUUCUAUUCCAGACACCAAAGCUACUGUACAGUAUUAUUCCCAUCCGCUUGUGUGCGGCAGUGAACUUUCUUAAGAAGUACCUGAUCACCCUGGUAUCUACAAUGACGCAGCAGGAUCCUCGGAGCUAUAUGGAUAUUGAGAGAGAUAUAUAAGUCGACGGGGCAUUGGCUGAGAGCUCCAGCAAAUCGAAUUACUGAUCGCAUCAUAAGUCAUCCUUUCCGUGAGUCGUGUGCGGACCUCUUCUCAAGGCGGCUAGCUCAUUGUUCAUCCAACUUUUGACCUACCUACUACCAACUGCACCUCCUCCUGUCCUCUGCCCGAUGCCAAGCUCAGAUGCUGAGUGGUCAUCUCGAGCGUCAUCUCGAGCCUUUUAAUACACCCUGACACCAUUAAGACAGCGAACAUGCUCUCAUGUUGAGGUAGGGCUAUCCAAGAAAGCGGGACGAACAGCAAUCCGAUCUUGCGUCGCGAUGAGGCGAUCCAAUCCACUGUGCUCGAUUCUCAGCUACCUCUAGACGGCAUUUCUCGCAUGAGCUGCACUUCAUGUGACAACCUCACAAAGAAAAGAGUGCUUGCAGGCAAGGAUUCGACUCGUCAUAUUACAGUUCCUAAAAGAGACUGCGAGUGUAGACAAAAGACCAAAACUCCCAGGGCUGCAUAUUCGAUCGCUGGAAAACUCAUAGGGCUGUAGUCGAUCCACACCGCUUUUUAACUUCGCUGCCGUCAACUUCGGUCCUUAGCCAUCUCACUGCACCAUAACAUACCUACAGUACCUACCCUCGCUACCGUGUGUGCCAGGCCAGCCAGGCCAAAGGACGCUAGGUUCCGACCUCUCCCACGGCCAGCUCUCAUGCAGGGACGCCGCAAAAAUCUAAGGCCUCCUAAGCGGUGAUGUUUCGUUUGGUAAUGUUUAGUCUCGAUCCCAGAACGAUGAACUGGAGAGAGUUCAACCGCCGCCAAAUACUUUACAGACUUGGUGUCGGUUCAACACAAGAAGAAAUCUAUCUCUAGACCUUGCCAGAUACGGAUUGCUCUGGUGCGGAUUGGAAGUUCGAAUGACACUUGCUGCCUGACCCUACCUAGUUGGGCAGGCACGAUAUGGAUAUGGCACGCACGAUUUGCGUAACUGCCUACAAUGGCGGAGGUAGCGCCUCGAAACUUCCCAUCUGAGUCUGAAUCAUGGUCAGACUUGACCUCAACUCUUUUCUGGAAAUCCAGGGAGCAGAGCACGACGAUACUUCGACCGAGUGUUCCAGCUAUCAAUAGAAGUUCUGACAAAACAAUACCACGUCACUGAGAUUCACAUUCACAACCCGGUUGGCACCACGGAGACUCGAUACCGAACAGGAGGAUGCAGUGGCGAGUUACAAACCAUGCCCAAACUCUCCAAGAACCGUCAUAGACGGGAGUAUCACCGCAACUCGGAAGAUCCAGACCGUCGAGUUCACAAGGAUGCCUCAAGAGCGAAAGCUCAUCCGAAGCCUCCUCCUGCGAAGCUGCCCAAAGAGAGUCUGAGUAUUGACUUGAGAGAAGAUGACCAUUAUGUGCGAAGAUGGCUCGAACAAACCGAAACCAAUACCGAUCAAGACGAUGCCUUGGUAACGGGGGAAGCCCUGUUCAAGAAAGAAGCAAAGAGAGCAGCACAAGCUGAAGUCCCUCCCGUUCGUGCCCCCCUAGAGUCGGCACAUGGUUCUGGACCUUCGAAAAGAAGGAAGGGACACGACUCAUCAUCAGAUAGCUCGGUUCUGGAGGUCCAAGUCAAAUCCAUGUCGCAUCAGUCAACACGGGACGAAACCCAGCAUGUGAUUCUAAAUCAAUCUAAGAUGUACUCACCUCCACCUCGGAAGAAGCAGAGGGUCGCCUCGUCAGAAUCUGGACUGCCCAGUCACUCUUCGACGCCGAAUCAUCCUAAGGAGACAUUUGAAAAGAGGCCGCGCCACAAGACACGUGAAGAUAUAUAUGAACCUAAAAAGAAGAACAAGAAGCGAAAGAGGGCCAGCGGAGAAAGGUCGAGUAGGAAGAAGCGAGAGAGAAGGGGGGGCAGCAAGAACGCAGCCAAUACAGCCGGGGAUGAGCUGAUCCAGAACUUCCGUUCUAAAAAUAUUUCCCAAGAUCGCCUAACUAUUCGACCCUCCAAUGGUCUAGGUUUAUUCAACAACGGCCGGGCUUCAUCCCCCGCAAGACGUCGAGGGCUACCCGAUCUCGCUUUUUCCGAAAUGGAGUUUCUGCAACAUUCAAGAGCGCGUCCGCAGAGCGACAAGGAGAAUAUGGUCAAGUCAAGGUCUCGUGAAAAAGAGAGGGAGAAGUCAUCGAGGAUGCAAGAUGAGAUAUCGACAUUUUUCAGGCCAACCAGGGCACACUUACAGGCUGUUUCGCCCAAUUGUAGUGGUGCAGCGCAAGAUGUUUUCAGGAAAGAGCCGAACUUAUACUCCAAGCGACUGGACCCUGAAGGGGAUAGAGAUAAGUACAGAGACUCAGAGCCUCUUGAUCUUCGAUCUGAGCCAAGCAGAGACUUCGAAGUUGCCGGGCCGUUUUUCGAGAAAUACCAAGUAAGCCACGAUUACAAUGCUUCUCAAAGAGUCGAUCAUUCCACCAAUCCUCCCGACUCUUCAAGCAGAGUCUCGGGAAAAGCUACUACGUACGUGUCCUGGUCUGAAAGCCAGAGGUCUCCUGUUUCCACGUCACGACACGGCAGCUUUGAUCAAAGAAACAUCAGUCUCACCCUUGAUUCCGUUCGUCGUUCAAUAGAGAAGACUCGCAUUUUCAGAGGUACAGGCAUUGAAAAUACCCUCACCGUGGACUUGAAUCAGACGAAUGGAUCACCGGAAAUUUGCGAAAGACAUAAUUUAAGACCUGAUGAAGACGUUCAACGCGAUAAGUCAACUGACCAAUUAUCCACAGAAAGUAACAGCUCCUCAAAAGUUCGGAAUGACACGACCAACGAGCUUCAGCAAGAUAGAGUCAUGGGAUUGCCAGAGUUUCCAAUGCGCAAGACGCAAGCCACUCUGCCAGAGCGACAAGAGCGAACCGGAAAGGCUCUCUCCACAGACCAGACUGAGCAGAUAGACAUAAUUGAUCAGCGUGGUCCGAGCCGAAAGCGCGUUGUCAUUGAGUAUUUUGAUCCUACACUGGGCUGGCGUGAGGGUGCAUGUGCUGGCGAACAUAGCCAGCGGACAGGCGCCGGAGGCCAAAGGCUAAAUGAUUCUCAGGUAUCCAAGGCUAAGCCACUCACCCGCGAUGAAAUCGCAAAGAAAGCCCGUGUCAAAGUACCCAAGCGAUCAUCAACAACAGUACCUCUUCUACGAGAAACAAGUAAUGAGAAGCAGCUACCGGUCGAGAACCAAACGAAUCGCAGGAUGCCGUUCCUGAAGACUGACAGCGGACGUCUCCUAAACGAGGAUAUGCACCAAGUUACAAGCUUGAGAGUAGUAGUCAAUUCAAAUCAAAGACCAUUACUUAGCAGGGUCUCAAAUCCAUCUCUUCCGACUAUAUACGAAGACUCUGAUGAACAAUCUUUGGGCCAUGGCGAAGCACCUUUGUUGGAAAAUCAAGUGGCCUCACCAAUUGUCUCUCAGACAAGCCAAUCUCGCUUAAAUAUCGAGUUGAACAACAAUCCAACCCAUUUUGAAAGUCAAUUUCAACAACAAGGGGAAUCAAGUUACCAUGCGGAACAGGACGCCAGUCAGGAAGAUGAUGUGAGCAGCAGAAAUGUGACGUAUCUCGGGCUGCCUACGACCGGGGGGUGGCUGGGUACUUCUCUAAGUAGCACCACCUUUGGCAAUGCCAGUCUGCCACCCUUAGCUGGGGCCCAGUCACUAUAUGUACGGCAGAUGCAGCGACAAUCCAAUUUUUAUCACGUCGAAUAUGAUGGCUCGAAUAACGCUAUUGGUGAGGUAUCUUGGAAGUCCUCAAGUCCCGCGUCGCCUGCUUAUAAUGCGAGAGUUACUUACGAGAAUCAGCAACAUGGCCAUGAUUUGGCCGAGACGGCUUACUGUAUUGAUCAUGGCAACAGUAGGGAAAUGUACCAAGCAUAUGAGCAAGGUCUUAGUAAUGCGAAUGAGGAGUAUUACGAUGAGCUCGGCAACUCGAAUGCCGAAUCAAACGGUGCCAAUCAGGGUUUUCAUGAAAUAGGAGGCCAGAGUCAUGGAUGUCAUGAAUCCGAACAGACGACCUCAGAGCAUUUCCCAAUACCACAUCCAGAGUCAUCCCAUGGUUAUCAACAUGAUGAGUAUAAGCUCCGGGCAGAUAUUCACCAAAGUGGAUUUUGGCAGCCUCAUCAUUUCUGGUAGAGAUACCGUUGACUCGAAGCGACAUAAUAUGCCAUUGAGCAUGUGUACUUUUAGAUACUAGCCAGUACUUGGUGCAGAACAAUACCUACAUAACUUUACACAAGCAUCACCAUCUAAAGACAGAUGAAGACCAAAGCUGCGUAUAUGAGGAGUUUGGCUGGAGAGUCGGUGUUCUGUGGCUCAUAAUGAAAGCCAGUCUGUUCACACAUCUCUUCGUACCCAGACUCUCUACUCUGGUUCCUGGCCCUUCCACUUCUCCCUCAACUCCUUCACAUCAAAUCCACACCUCUCCGCCCUACCCACGACACUCCUCGCCUUCCUUACAACUGGCACAUCAAUCAUCUUCCCAUCUAGCGUCCAGGCCCCCCUGCCCCCUUUGUCCGCUUUCUCGUCCGCAAUAACAACCCUAACAGCCCACUCUACCUCCUCCUUCCCCGGCGCAAACUCCCUCUGCACCACCUCCAACUGACUCGGAUGUAUACACUGCUUUCCAUUAAAUCCCAACCCGCGUCCCUGCACACACUCUUCUUGCAAUCUCUUGACCCCCUCAUCACCUCUGAAACUGGUGCAGACUAAAUCUAUCGUCGAUGGUAAGGAGUACGCCCGCGCAGCCGUCACGAUUGCAGAGCGUGCGUACAGAAAUUCAGUGAGCGAGGGCGUCCGCGUGAGAGAGAGAUCGAGCGCGAAGUCUUCCGCGGCGAAGAUCAGACCGCUGAGGUAAGGAGAUGACGCGCAAAUAGACGAGAGGUUCAUUAUUGCCUCAGCGCUUUCAAUCAAUGCUAUGAUCUUGACUGGUUCUUGUUCCUGUUCACCCUUCGCUUUUCCAUCUCCAGGAUGUCGAGACGGCAAUUGAUGUCUUAAGACAUCCGUUACGAAAUGCAGAUCUGACGCUUUGUUUACCUUCGGUACGACGAUGGCAUCGACAUGUUUCGCUUUCAGGACUGUCGUGAGGUCGUCGAGAGCCAAUCCUGAUGAGACAGCGUUUAUGCGGACGGAGAGCUCGUUUAUAUUUGAGGGUCGAGUUGGGGAGGAGAGGAAUUCUAGGAGGGCUUUUCGAGCGGUGGGUUUUUGGGUGGGUGUUACGCUGUCUUCGAGGUCAUAGGAGACGGUGUCGAGGGGUGGGAGGGUUAAGGAUUUUUGGAGGAAUUUGGGAGAGGAUGCGGGAACUAAGGGGAUGUAUUAGUGCAUGUGCUUCCGCAUUGUUGUGGGCAUGUUGGAAGAGGGUGGAAUAAUUGCUGUUGUCUUCGAGGUCGGGGAGGAGAGCUUCCAUAUUGAGGGGUAGGCACCAUAUAAGAGAGCACGGCGGAGGAUACUGGACGUGGACAUAUUGCAAACAUCAAGUAGGUAUCAUGAAGGAGCUUCAAACCCUUCGAAGAGAACCAAUUUGUGAUUGAAGGAUGUAGAUUGAAGAUUUAUUAUUAUCAUGAAGUCAAUCCC